AUGUAUAGGUUGCAGAAAAACACAGAAGCGGAUCCAGACAAAUGGGAGGCGUUUUCUCGCUACAAUCACUACUAUGAAGGCGGGUUAUUUGAAGAAACCUUUAGUAUUCCUGAGGGAAGUCCCCGUCAGAGGUUCCGAGUUGAUGUCUAUCUCGCCAUCAACAACAGCAUAGUCGAUUCUUUCACUCCGGGUCCCCCCUCCGCGUUCUAUUCCGCGGACUGCCCAGACUGUCCGAAGGGGCUGUACGGGGAUAACUGCUCCGCUUCUUGUAACUGUGUCGGUAACACCACGUGUGAUUCUUCCAAUGGCGCGUGUAGAUACGGCUGUAACUACGGUUUCACCGGACUUUCUUGCGACAUCGCCUUGCCAACCCUUUCACUACCACCGGUAGUUUACAAUGGGGAGGAAUGUGGUACAACAGUGGUUACCUGGAUACCCGGAAAUUACACUGAUCUGGAUUCCAGGAUCAAUGUUCAUUCAUAUCAGAUAGACUCCCAGGAAGUCAACAAAGGAGAGUGGUCAAGAAAUGAUGAACUGAUCCAGCACAGUGACUUUCUCAGACUGUUUGUUGCUAACAUAAGCGGUUUACGUACUGGUGAAUACCGGUUCCGCAUCAACAUCAGGGUAUCUGAAUACGAUGAAUUAUUAGCAGAAUUCACACUCGGUCCCGCCUCCAACGCAGUCAAUAUUCAGUGUAGAAGUCAGUACACUAUUGUGUAUCUUAAAAGAAUUCGGCAGUGAGUCCGCAAUUCCUUACUUGAGUUGAGUUCUUAUAAUUUUUCAGAUCAAACAGAGUCAACGUUGACAACUUCUCCCGACGGAAGUGUAUCAUCUCUCGUGUCAUCAACAUCUGCAGGUAUACAGUACGACGGAAGUGUAUCAUCUCUCGUGUCAUCAACAUCUGCAGGUAUACAGUACGGAAGUGUAUCAUCUCUCGUACCAUCAACAUCUGCAGAGACAACAUGGACUGAAACAAGCACAGUACAAACUUGGCCUUCUAGUACCACAUCACCAAUUGAGGAGACAACAGUAUCUACAACAACGACAUCUGACACGACAACAUAUACAGCGACAACAACGACUGCUGAGACGACGACGACAACAAUUUCGGAGAUGACAGCAACAUCUACUAUUGCAGAGACGACACCAACAACACAAGCGACGUCUACAAGACAUACCACAGUAACAGCAGAUGAUAAUGAACUGUCUAAUAAAGAGUUAGAUGAGAUGAUAAGUGACCUGUCCGUGACUUUAGAUGCCGGUACGCUGAGAAUAACCUGGCGACUGGAGGAGAGAUACACCUAUCUGAUGAGGUCCGGGUCGCUAUACUUUGGGAUGGUCGGUGCCGGACAUUGUUACGUGAACCGUAUCAUAGACUGGAAUAUUUAUCCAUUAACACUGCAAGUACCACUUCUACAUACUAGUACACACAGUAUUAGAAU